AUGAUCAGAAAACUGUUUAGAACUCCAAUAUUUAAAAGUCUAAAAUUCUAUGCUCCAGCUUUAUAUAUGUUUAGUCAAUAAAACUAAGAUCCUAAAUUUUCAGAAGAAAUCAUGAAUAAAUUGAAGAAUUAAGCAUAAUAAUUUUAUGAUAACAUAGUAGUGGAUAAUAAAUUAUAACAUGUAGAUGUUAUUGAUACAGAUCAUUUUAAUUAAUUAGUUUAAGAAAGCAAUUAGAAAAUUAUCAUUGUUUAUUGUUUUGCCUAAUGGUCUUUAGAAUGCAAAGAAUUCAAAGAAGUAUUGACUAAAAACAUGGAAAAAUAUUCAGAUGUUUCAACAAUAAUCAAUAUUGACAUUGAUAAACAUCCAAAUUUAAUCACUUAAUUAUAAAUUAAUUCUGUGCCAUUUGCUGGUGUAGUAUAUAAUAACUAAUUUGUGGAUGGAUAUUUUAAAAAUGGAAAGUUUGAUAGAUUUAUGUCUAUUGUAGAAUAAAUAUCAAGAAUAUUAAGAGGUGAAAAUAUUGAAGAAAUGAUAUUGGAAUAAAUGUCUGGAUUAUUUUAAAGUAGAAAUUAUUAAGGAUUAUUGACUUUAACAAAAGAGGCAUUAGCAAGAGAAAACAUAAAAAAAGAACAUCCAAAAUAUUUAUUAUUCUAAGCAUUAGCAUAUGUUUUAAUGGAAGAUUCAAAUAAAAUUUAAGAAACUCUUGAUUUAUUUGAUAAAUAAUAUAAAGAUGAUUUAGAAGAUAUGAAUACUAAAUAAUUAUAUUAAUUAGUAUAAGAUUAAUUUUAAAUGAUUAAAGACUUAUAAUCUUUAACUCCUGAAAUUAAAAGAAUAUUAGAAAGAUUAAAUGAUAAUCCAUAAGAUAAAGAUCUUUAUUUUGAUUUAGCUUUGGAGGCUAUAAAUGCAAAAAAUUAUGAAUUAGCUAUUAAAACACUACUAAAUGUAAUAUAUUUAAUUUAAUUUAGAUUGUUAAAAUGGAUAAGAAUUGGGCUGACAAGAAGGCUUAAAAAAAGUUGAUAGAAUUAUUUACUCAAUUGGGAAAUCAACAUAAUUUAGUUAUUGAAGGAAGAAAACAACUUGGAAAACUAUUAAAUUGA